CAGCACUAGCAAUUAGUCUCGCAGAAUUAGCGCAGAAUUAACGCGUGCACUUUUGGCACGAGCGGAAGUAUUUACUGAUUGAGUCACGUGACAGGGGGACGCGCGCUAUUUGAAAUUCGGAAAUCCAUAUGAACGCGUUCUACAGCAAAUUUGCAAAAGGCUUCCAGCUUCUUUCACCUUGUUUCUCACCUUUGCAUUUACUAGUCUUAUCUUUGCCAUCGCAACACCAUGACCUCCGCAACUUUUGCGCAACAUUUCGUUGCAAAGCUCAUGGUUUCACCACAAAAUAGGGCGUUGGCUGUGGAGGCCGAUAGGAUUCGGGAGCUUCUGAGGUGCGCUCGCCAGCUCCAACCUGAUAACCCAAAGCACGCCGAAUACCGACGACUGCUUGGUGAUCUGUUGUUCACCCCUCGUGUCCAUUCCCUCGUGCAAGCGGCGACAAUGUUCGACCCCAUUCUUCUGUCGGCAGUAGUGGAGAUAACCUCCAUCUGCAAGAAUAGGCAGUGGAUAGGUCUACCCAACUGGCAAAACAUCACAGAGGAUGAUCCAAGGAUCGAAAAGCACCCCCUGAUCCACAGAACGUGGUAUAUUAAUUCGAAUCAGCAGAUGUUGCAGGCCCCCCCAGAUGUUGCCCGGCCGAUCGCCGAUCCACCCGCUGUUACACCCGAUGCUGUUCUCCCACCUAUCAAUAAUGCUGUUUCUGCUGCUUUCGGCGCAGUUGGCAAACGCCAGCCGCAUGUCUUUGCUCAUAUGUCACAGGCUCAUGCGAAAGGGAUGGCCAAGGAUGUGGGAGCACCACCUGUAGAAGAGGCGAGGGGCCGCCCCGAGCACUGGGAGUCCAAGAAACGGGGGACCAGUGAAUCCGAGUCCCGACCACUGCUUGCAGAAGAUGGAUCGCACAAACGAAUCCGUGCCAACGAGAGGUCCAAUACCGUCAUUGAGAUGGUCGAAGAUGUGCCGAAAGGAGUGGCGUGUGCGCAGCACCCUGAAACAAAUAGUGAUUCACCGGCAGGCUCAUCUAAGGCGGCUGGCAUUUCGGCCAAUCCCUUGGCAGGACCAUCGGGUGCUGUCGGCGCCAUCGGCCCCUGUCCUCGGUGUGCCAGGGAGCGCAAGACCUGCAUAAGGGGCAUUGGCAAGACUGGCCCCCGGUUGGUUUGCACUGAAUGCAGGCGACUGAAGGUCAGGUGUCAGCUAUUCGGCAACCAACCCUCCAGACAGCGAGCGCGCGGUGAGCCUCGUUCCCCAUCACAGGUGAGGGCAGGGUACAAAUCCACUCGCCAUCGGUCGCCCUCCCGACACCGCAGGAGCCCCUCAGUUGAUGAUCGACUGCGAGCAAAGUCGGGCGUGCGAGGUGAGCCUCGUUCACGAUCACCAGAGAGGGCGAGGGCACGGUCAACGUCCGCCCGCCGUCGGUCGCUUUCCCCACGCGGCGAGAGCACCUCAGUGGUGCGUCGAAGACCACUCACAGUUAUGAGCUAUGUGUUAGUGCCUCGGCUUGAGAUCGGGCGAGCCCCCGAAUCCCCAGCCGCAAAGCUGAGAAGCAUGGAGAGAAAGAUGAGUAAUAUGGAAGAUACGAUCAAGUUCCUCCAUCGGGAGGUGGAGACACUCCGCACGAUCGUUGAGGCGUCAUCUUGAAAAAAUCAAUGCAUAUGGGGCACGAAUGAUUACGCAUUAGAACAAUGCUAGUCGAAGUAUUGCUGAUCUUCCUUGUUCUUCUUCCAGUAUUGAGCUUGAGCAUACCCCA